AUGAAAUCAUGCAGUUUGCUGUUCAUCCUUCUCUGCGCAGUAGCACAUCUCAACAAUUGUGAUGGAGUCGUCUUUACAGACAAAAUAUUUAACGUUCUUCGCUACGGAGCCACCCCUAACGGUAAAAGCGAUGGAGCCCAAGCUUUUUCUAAGGCAUGGAAUGAAGCCUGUGGGACAGAUUGUGGAUGGUAUGGUAGCUUUAGGGUUAGGUGUAGGGUUCUGAUUCCGGAGGGUACCUUCUUGGUAGGGCCAGUGUCCUUCAGGGGACCCUGCAAGAGUCCUAUGGUGGUUCAGGUGAAGGGCCUGGUUCGGGCUCCGAUUAAUCUAGGGAACUUCAAGCACAAGGAAUGGAUUGCCUUUCGGCAUGUGAGCAACCUGUUGGUCACUGGAUUAGGCACAUUUGAUGGUCAGGGUCGUGCAAUAUGGCCGCAUAAGCAUGGAAAUAGCCUUCCACCGACCGGUGGUUGUCUAGCCACCGGUACUAACGGCGGUUUAUCCGGCGAUUGUCUAGCCGUUGGUACAACCGGCGGUUUGGCCGCCAGAAACGACGAUACCGGACGAUUGAUUGACGCCGUCGGAAAUACUUUAAAGUUUCUUCACGUGAUCAACGCCAAGAUUCGUGCCAUCACUCUUGUCGACUCCAAGUUCUUCCACAUGGUUAUAGGCCAAUCGCAGCACGUCACCGUCCUCGGCGUUCACAUCACCGCCCCCGGAAACAGCCCCAACACCGACGGAAUCCACAUCGCAUAUUCAUCCGAUAUCCGAAUCUCAAAGUCCAGAAUCUCCUCCGGUGAUGACUGUGUCUCCAUCGGACCUGGAAGUUCAAACAUAACGGUCAGCAAAGUCAGGUGUGGGCCCGGCCAUGGCAUCAGUGUUGGGAGCUUGGGAAAGAACAGUGAAGAUAAGGGAGUGAAUGCAAUAAGAGUUCUGAAUUGCACGCUUGCUGGAACAACGAACGGGGUGAGGAUUAAGACGUGGAGAGAUUCGCCUCGGAUAUCUGCUACGAAUAUAUUGUUUUCGGAUCUUGUGAUGAAGGAGGUUAGCAAUCCGAUUAUUAUUGACCAGGAGUAUUGUCCCAAUUCUUGCGAUGAAGAAAAGCCAGCUUCCAGAGUAAAGAUCGACAACGUGAGGUUCCAAAACAUAAGGGGAACUUCAGCUACUGAUGUCGCCAUCAACCUCGUCUGCAGCUCCUUUGUGCCUUGCGACCACAUAACACUCGAGAACAUUAACCUGAAGCCUCUUCCACCCAGCCCAGGCCUCGCCCCUACCGUCCCCUUGACCGCAUGCACGAACGUUGGAAUUGCAAAAGCCAUAGGACACGUAUUUCCUCCUCCUUGCUUCUAA